UCAGCACGCGGCGCACCGGGAAAGUACGUAACACAAUGCCUGCUCGGCGCGGACCCAUUACAGGGUGACACCCGAGGCCGAGCUGCUCGCAGACGGACCGGAGCUGCAGAGUGAGGCACGCGGACGGACGGACCGACGGACCGACGCACGCGCAAGACACAAGUGUGCGCGAUACACAAAGAGAAGCGCAGCUCGCGAGCUCCUCACCAACCGCCGCCGCCGUUUGAACGGGACCGUCUCAGCAAGUUUUAUUGUGUACCAAAGAAAUGGUGAUGGAGAAGCCAAGUCCCCUGCUUGUAGGGCGGGAGUUUGUGAGACAGUAUUAUACUCUACUAAACAAGGCACCAGACUUCUUGCACAGGUUUUAUGGUAGAACCUCUUCUUAUGUUCAUGGUGGAUUGAAUGCCAAUGGGAAGCCCGCAGAUGCUGUUUAUGGCCAAGCAGAGAUCCACAAAAAGGUCAUGUCCCUUCAGUUUAGUGAUUGCCAUACUAAGAUUCGUCACGUGGAUGCACAUGCCACACUUAGCGAUGGGGUAGUUGUGCAAGUGAUGGGUGAACUGUCAAAUAAUGGUCAACCAAUGAGGAAGUUCAUGCAAACAUUUGUCCUGGCACCAGAGGGUUCUGUUCCAAACAAGUUCUACGUGCAUAAUGAUAUAUUCCGUUACCAAGAUGAGGUGUUUGACUCUGAUGCAGAAUUGGAAGAAGAAUCAGAAGAGGAAGUAGAAGAAGAACCAGAAGAACGUCAACCAUCUCCUGAGCCAGUUCAGGAAAAUGCGAGCAAUGCAUACUAUGAAUCUCAUUCUGUUAGUAAUGGAGUGGAGGAAGCCCUGGAGGAGACAGCUCCUGAACUAGAACCAGAUCCUGAACCAAAAACUGAAGAAAUAAAAUCUGAACCAGAAUUGGUAGAGAAGAGUGUUGAAGAGUUGGAGGAAAAGGCUCCAUCUCCAGCUCCAGUUGAGCCGGUUUCUCAACCACAGGAACCACCGAAGGCUUUCUCCUGGGCCUCAGUGACCAGUAAAAAUCUGCCUCCUAGUGGUACUGUUUCCUCCUCUGGAAUUCCUCCCCAUGUUGUUAAAGCACCAGCCUCACAGCCUAGGGCUGAAUGUAAAACUGAACCCCAGGCACAACCCCCACGGCCACGAGACCAGCGGCCUCGAGAGAGGAUAGGAUUAGUACCCAGAGGGCCUAGAACAGGUCGUGGAGAAAAUGAACAAAAUGAAGUUGAGAAUCGUCGAAUAAUCCGUUACCCAGAUAGUCACCAGCUUUUUGUUGGCAAUCUACCCCAUGAUAUUGAUGAAAAUGAACUGAAAGACUUCUUCAUGAGUUUUGGCAAUGUGGUUGAACUCCGUAUUAACACCAAGAGCAGUGGAGGAAAAUUGCCCAACUUUGGAUUUGUGGUGUUUGAUGAUCCGGAUCCUGUCCAGAGGAUCCUGAAUGCCAAGCCAGUUAUGUUCCGGGGUGAGGUCCGUUUAAAUGUGGAAGAAAAGAAAACUCGAGCCGUCCGUGAAGGAGAGCGCAGAGGAGAUGAUCGCAGAGAUAACCGUCGCAAUGACCGAGGCCCUGGUCCCCGUGGAAUGAUUGGUGGUGGAAUGAUGCGUGAUCGUGAAGGCCGAGGUCCUCCACCUAGGGGCGGUCUGGCACAAAAGCCAGGACCGGGAUCUGGAAGAGGUGGUGGACCAGGUGAAGGUCGCUUUGCUGGACCCCGUCGCUAAAGUGCCACUGUUCUGAUAUCUUGCUGGUGGUACCAUACUCUUCGUUUUUGCGUUCUUGUUAAGUUUGGCUUUGGAAUGUGACAGCCUGUUUUUCAUUUCUUUGAUGUGAAAACAGCCUUUUACCAGUUACGUCAAGGUGAACAUUUCCCUAUUUUGGAACAGGAUUUAAACUAAUGUGUAAGAACUGAAAGAGGCCUUGAUUUAAUUGGAACAAAUUGUAAAGGCCUAAGGAUUCAUUCACAUAAAAUCUAGGGCCUUUUGGUGCAACUUGGCUGCUUUAUUUUCUGAAAGUGUUAAGUUUCUGCCCAAUUCUAUUGGAAAAAAAAAUUGGUGCAAUUAGAGAAGCUUGCCUUGAUAUUUCUUUUAGGAACACUUGGCUCAAGAACUUGCGUUCAUGCACUCAUCAUAAUGCACUAAUGGGUACUCUUAGAAUGUCAUUUACCAUGACAACUGCAGGAGAAGGCAGGCGAAAAUCCGACUGCUGUCUGCUUCGACCGGGAAGGAUGACUGGUGACCAGAUGCGGGCAUUGAAUCUUACUUGCUGUGACCAACAAAUUUCCACAUCUGCAAACCUAAAUAGACGAUGCUGAAACCGUUUCAGAUGGUGAUGAAUUUUUCUUGAACUAAAAAAAUUUAAAAUAUGAAAACAAUCGUGAACUUGUAAUAGAGCCCUAAACGCAGAAGAGUUUGGUGGCUUAUCCUCAUUUUUCUAUCUGCCCACUGCAAAACAGGGAUGGCUGGCUGCUCAACACUUUUCCUCCCCUUCGAUCUGUGCAGUUAUAAAUGCAGCGAAAAAUCAUAGCUAAAUGUUACUGUUUUAGUUCUUUCAAUAUGUAAAGAGCAUGAUGGUGCCUUCUAUUGAUACAUCAUUCCAGUCUUGCUGGCAGCUUUGUACAAAUUGAUGUACUAACUGCUGUGUUGUAUAAAGCCAAACAGCUAUAAAACUACGGAAUCACUAGUGUGUUGAUGUAAUGCAGAGAUAAAAGAAAAGCUGCAGCAUCCUUGCUUUAAAGAAGAGAUUUCAAAAUGCACAGUAUCCCAAUUCACUGACUAAUAGUUGUUUUUGAGUUUCUGUACAAUAUAUACAACCUCAUGGUUGAUGCUGGUUUGUUUUACAUUGGAAAAUUAGGUCUGUCAAUUUGAAGUUCGUUAUCGCUACGUUUUUAUAUAUGCAAAGAUACAGUUAUGCAUAUAUCUUAUCUGAGUAAACACUCCUGUUAAUUCAGGUUUCUAAAUCUAUUGAUUUUGUUUCAAUUAAGUGUAACUGAGGGAAAGGCUGCAUUAUGCAAAGGGUGAAACUGAUGGAGACGAGGGAUAGGGCGGGGGGAAAAUGUUGGUGUUUUAAAAGGCCAACAUAAAGGAUACUGCAGCUUUAAACCCAGAAUCAGCAGCUUUUUUCCUCCCUUUUGUGGACAUCUUAAUAAUGUACCAAUAAUUGGCACUACCUGCAACACAGCUUAAAAAAUUGUUGGUAAGGUGAUCCAUAGAAGCUCGGCACAGUUUAAAGCUGCUGAUUGUGAUUAGAUAAGUCAUUAAGUCACAGCUUCUAGCAGCAAUGCACAUUAUCAGUAGAGCAGCAAUUUUUGAAGCAGUAAUUUGUUUACAUGCACGGCUCGAGGCUGUUACUUUUUGACGGUUCCAACAAAACUGGCAGACGCACAGUGAAGUUGUUAGCUUUGACUUUGAAAGGUAAUUGUGUCUGUUGGUUUUGUUUUUGUUUAGAACUUUUCUGAGGUCUUCCUUGUUUGAUGGUAGUCUUGCACUAUUUCUCAAAAUCUGGGAUGCAUUGGUAGUUAGUGUUUUUUUUUCAAUCUUGUUUAAACUAUUUUUCGACUGAUCUCUAUUUUGGAUCUAUUAAUGUGGCCUGGAAGUAUUGUACUUUCCAUCGGCAAGGAAGGGUAGACAAGUUUAUUAUUUCUCCCAUCUUACUUGAAAGACCUUUGCCCUAGACAUAGAACAUGGUUUCAGUAUCACUUGCACAAAUUAAUUGCCAAGUAGUUUACCAGAAUUUCAUUUUCUGCUGUGCUAAUUGCUACACCUCACCAGCAUUAUUCUUCAGUUUUCUUUCAAAUCGUUUCUGGAACUGAAGAUCAUUUCGAGAAAGUGUUGCAUUACCGGAUAAUUAACCCAGAGAAAAGCUGAAGGCCAUCCUUUUUGGCAAUCUAGCUGGCUUCUCGCUCUAAAUAUUGAAAUAAAUCUGGUAACAUCAGAAUAUGGUAGCUUCCUGCUGGUUGUUCACUGAACUUGAUUGUGUGCUGUAGUCCUGUUUCUCCCUCCUUAGAAUAGAAGUAGCUAAUACCCGUAAAGCAAAGUUAGUAAAUGUUUACACUGCAAAUAUUUGCUAGGUGGCACUAGAUGCUAGCAUAUGUUACUGUAUUGGAGCAAUAUUAUUCCAAAUUUCAAUGGAAUGGGCUUUCAAGUUUACCAUCUUGGCUUUAAUGGGUAUUAUAGGUAAUUUAAUGGUUUGCCAUCUUAAAAUGCUGAUAUGUUAGAGCAUAGUAGUUAAGUGUUGCAGAUGGCGAGUCUUCAUUUUUUGGUUUUUACUUUGAAUGUGUUGGACUAAACAUACAAUAAACUACUGAUGUCUGCAGCAUUCAGAAUUGUUUGCAGUUUUGUAAUUCCUAUUUUUCUUCAUUUUGUGUUCAAUUGAGCCAGGGCCAAGUUUAAUUGCUUUCCACAAUAUUUCUACAUUUGUUUGCUGUAAUCAUUGCUUGCAUUCUGAAAUGAUUCCAAAACCCCACCUGCUCUGCUCCGAAGGUAAAACGAGUACUUAUCAGUUCCCCACUAAAAUAUUUUUGUGUGCUGUAGAAUCAAAUGAGUAAUGCACAGAGUGAAGUGUCUUCACUCCAGAUUUCUAAAUCUGAUGCAUUCUUACCAGUCAAUACCAGUUUCCGGAUCUACUUAUUGUAUUAAUUUUUAAAACCUUAACGGGUUUCAUCUGUGGGUUUAAUAAAGCAUUCAUUACUAAUGUUAAACACC